GGUUUGCAAAGAUCAAAGAGAUCGAGGCCUAAUGUUGGAAACUAACAGGCCGAUGAAUAAAAAAGAAACUAUAAGAACAGAAACCUUAAGCCAACACAAGCAUCUGUUCAAGACUUCAAGCUAUUAGCCAUUUAGCCCUGCGCUUCGUUGAACACCUUUACUGAUCCAAGGAUCUGAAAAAUGGUGAGAGGAUUGCUGCGGAAACUUGCCGGAGGAUCGCUUUCCGUCGCCGGGAAAUGGCAACAGCAACAGCUCCGCCGUCUCAAUAUCCAUGAAUAUCAAGGUGCGGAGUUGAUGGGAAAACAUGGGAUCAAUGUCCCACGGGGUGUGGCCGUUGGUUCCGUAGGAGAAGUCAAGAAGGCAAUUCAAGAAUUAUUUCCCAAUCAAAAUGAGAUUGUUGUGAAGUCUCAAGUCCUUGCCGGUGGAAGGGGCUUGGGAACAUUUAAAAAUGGAUUUCAAGGUGGAGUUCAUAUUGUGAAGGCUAAUGAAGCUGAAAAUAUAGCAGAAAAAAUGCUUGGGCAGAUACUUGUUACUAAACAAACUGGACCCCAGGGGAAAAUUGUCAGCAAGGUUUAUUUAUGUGAAAAGCUGUCAUUGGUGAAUGAGAUGUACUUUUCUAUUAUUCUUGACCGUGCAACAGCAGGUCCACUUAUUAUUGCCUGCAGGAAGGGAGGAACAAGUAUUGAAGACUUGGCAGAAAAGUUCCCUGAUAUGAUUAUAAAGGUACCUAUUGAUAUUUUUAAAGGCAUUACGGAUGAUGAUGCAGCAAAGGUUGUUGAUGGUUUGGCUCCUAAGGUUGCUGACAGAAAGGAUUCCAUGGAACAAGUGAAGAAGUUGUACAAUCUUUUCUGUCAAUGUGACUGCACAUUAUUGGAGAUUAACCCUCUUGCCGAAACAUCGGAUAAAAAGUUAGUAGCUGCUGAUGCAAAAAUGAAUUUUGAUGAUAAUGCUGCUUACCGUCAGAAAGAAUUGUUUGCCCUACGGGAUUCAUCACAAGAGGAUCCCCGCGAGGUUGAAGCUGCAAAAGCUGAUUUGAAUUACAUUGGAUUAGAUGGUGAAAUUGGUUGCAUGGUAAAUGGUGCUGGGUUGGCGAUGGCUACCAUGGACAUUAUUAAACUACAUGGUGGAACUCCAGCCAAUUUUCUUGAUGUUGGUGGGAACGCCAGUGAAGGACAGGUUGUGGAGGCUUUUAAAAUCUUGACCUCAGAUGACAAGGUUAAAGCUAUUAUGGUAAACAUAUUUGGAGGAAUUAUGAAAUGUGAUGUAAUAGCCAGUGGAAUUGUGAAUGCUGCAAAACAGGUUCAAUUGAAAGUGCCAGUGGUUGUUCGUCUCGAAGGAACUAAUGUGGACCAAGGCAAGAGAAUUCUCAAGGAAAGUGGCCUGACACUCAUUACUGCAGAAGAUCUCGACGAUGCAGCUGAGAAAGCAGUUAAAGCAGCUAAAUAAAUCUCAUUGAGUUUUCAUUGAUUCUGUUAGGUGUGUCGAUUAAAUUGUCUAAUGCAUACACAAACAUCGGCAACACUUGAGAAAAAUGGCAGUUUGGGUGUGCCGUACCAUGAAAAUAAGCACAGUUUUUUGUUUUGUUUAAAGAUGAUCCUGCCCAUUUGAUUCGGCUGAGUCCGUACUCUGAGGAAUUACGAAGAUGUACAUUUGUCCUUUUUGUUCCUCAUCAAGGAAUAACAUUUUAGUGAGUUUUAGCUUGUUUGAUUAGUUAAAUCGUGUGAUAAUGAUAAUAACAGUGAAGAGUAGGCAUUAAACUUCAAAGUUACUUUAUUGAUCAAAAGUGAUUGAACCCGUUCCAAUUCCAGAAUUGCAC